AUGCCAAAGCCCAUCACCCGCACGAAUGCGAAGCGCUAUUUGAACGGAUGGCUUGUGCACAUCCCCGCUUUGGUGUCAACUGCAGUCAUCCUUUGGAUCAGCAUGGAAAAGUGGUUCUGGUUUCCGGAAGACGGCCCAUGGGAUGGCAUUAGCGCCGAUGUUAUCGGAAAUGUCCUACAAUUCGCGGCCAAGAUACAUGAGCUUCUCGUUGUCGCUUCUCUCUCUGCUAUUGCCAUCUCUAUGUUCCGCCGGCGGCUGGUUGGAAGAGGUGUGCGACUGGGGUUUUUGACAGGUGGAUAUCGAGUCGGUGAUAUCAACUACCUUCUAUCCUCACCGUUCCGUCACCAAGGACUCGAUGGCACAGUGCCAUGGGAGAUUUUUCUCGUUACCUACCUUGUCUUUGCUACGGUCAUGUCCACCGUGGUCGGGCCUGCAUCGGCAGUUCUCCUCGUGCCAACCUUGGGUUGGUUUCCACUUAAGCACGACCAGGCUUUCAGUAAUCUUGAAAUGCCCGUUUUGUACGAUGCGAGUUUCGACGCGGUCAGGCCCGAAAUCUUCGCCGACACGGAGCCCUGGAACGUGACAGGUUCAUGCAAGAGAAUAGACGGAUUUUAUUACGCUGGUUGUCCAUCCGGAGGCUAUUCUGAAAUUUGGAACUGGGUUCAGACUUUUGGAUCAACCAAUUUGAACAACAAUCUGACUUUCAACUACCCAUCCACAGACCUCCGGCGCCAUUUAGUUUUCACCCAGCCUGAAACUCACACAUCAGAGGCGAAUGACAAACCAACACUGCUCACCACUCCAUCACACUUCUUUAUGACGGUUAUGGGCCUCUUCCAGAAAUACAUUGAUGGGAACCCCGUAGGCGACGUAUCUAGCGGCGCCCGUUAUGAACUUAAAGCAAAGAUCGACGGUUCCAAUGAUAAUACCUCAGCGGAUCGUUCCAUCUACCAGCCAUUUGUUCAGUCCAAAUGCAGAGUCUACAACAAAAACAAGAUCCUAAACACUAGCGAGGACAUGUUACAUCCUACCGAAUACCUUAAUUGCUUCGGCGACACUGAGUGCGAACGACUAAAGCACAGCCCACCAAUAGUCAACAACGCAUGGUGGAGAGGAGAAGAGAAGACAAACAUACAAAUAGCCCACACUUACUUUACAGCUGAAGAUCCCAGCUCUGUUGUCUUUACGUCAGGGCAAGUUCCUCAUCCGUAUGGUCUCAGAGAAAAGGACCUCAUUUACACCUGCAGCUUGACUGCCAGCUGGGUAGCUUCGAAUUUCUCCAUCGACCCAAAAGUCAGUGACGUUCUGAUGUCCAGCCUCAACAAGAAGGAACGCAUGAACGAAGUGUUUGAAAGUCCGAUUUUGAACGAUGGUUAUAUUAUCCGAUUCAAUAAAGAUUGGUUCCAAUACCUUGUCCCGGAAUUUAACAUUACUUUCGAGGACGACGGCACGCGCACAAACAAUUUCACCUCCGCCCUCUUGAAACUCGUUGAACUCUUCAGUAUAUAUCCAGACAGAAGCUUCACCCCAGAAAGUUCCAUUAACGACCGCAACACUACCCAAGCAGAGUUGUUCUUGUCCAAGGUAUUCGGCGUCUAUCUCACCGACGGCAUCUCUCGAACAGGCUCGCAAAGUACAACGUAUCUCAAAAUCAGCGAAACCGCAGACCGUCUGGAUUUAAUCGAAUUAGAAGCGCAGUAUAGCCGUUCGAAUGGAUCCUUGUCAAUAAGCGACGUAAAUACUACCCACAGCUUGGUGGAGUAUGACGGCGAGGAAAUAUUAUACAAUAUGUCACUUCCACAAGUAUACAGCGAAAUGUUCCAUGGUAUGGUGCAAUUCGACUUUGACGUUCAAAGAUAUGGGUAUGGAACUGGCCGAUCACGCAAAACUGUUACUUUUGCGCGUGCCAUGAUGUACAUCUAUCUCGCGAACGCCUCCACAGUUGGGUUCGCUCAUGCUGUAGAGUUGACAGGUCGGGGCAGACGGUUUCGUGUGCUGAGCGUGGUCCCUUGGUCCGAUCUACAGGAUCUGAUUGUCCUUGCACUCAAGACAACGCCUCCAUCUGAUGCCAAUCUCGCGGACGCUGGUGCCGGAGUAACAUCUCCAGAGCUAUGGAAGAAGUCAGUGAGGGCAAGAGCGGACGAAUACCAUAAUGUGCAGCUCGUGCUGAACGAAGAAACAUUGACAGAAAGGCUCGAUGUCACUGGAAAAGAAAAGUACUACUAA